GGCCACUAUUUGGUUCAGUAGUGCGCCCGACGGCGCCGAGACAGCAGCUGCUCUCGGACGGCGCGGCCGAGCGAGCAGAGAGAGCGCGUGAGCGAGCGAGCGCACGAACUGAGAGACUGAAUCGGUGGCGUGUGCCGCCCACCCGAGUGACCCGCGCCGACCCCUGUUGACCCGUGCGACCCGCCCGCUGCAGCCGAGCCGCCGACAGACGCCGAGAGGCGCCGCUAUGAUCGUCCCUGGUGAGAUGCCGUUCGCGGCCCGUCUGGUGCGUCUGCCGGCCGCGGCCGCCGCCGGAGGACGGGCCGACCCCUCCAGUGACGAUAGCUCGUGCAGUCCGCCGUCGCCGCCGCCGCCACCGCCGACCCCGCGCCGAGACCUGCGCACCGGCUGGAAGAAGCGCCACAGCGAGCGCUACUACCGCGAGCAGCAGCAGCAGCAGCGGAUCCGCGCCAGUCAGGAGGCGCCCUACCCACGCUUCGAGCGCCGCCUCGAGGUGGACGUGCGCCCCUCGGAGGAGGUCGGCGGCAGGGUGGCCGGAGAGGUGCCCUACGACCUGUCGCGGCGGGCCGAGCACCAGCACAUGUCCCCGGCCACCGACCCGAGCCAGGAGGGCGCCGCCGACCAGCCGCUAGACCUGACGCUGCCCAAGCCGGCCGCGCAGGACGAGAACAUGAACGAGCUGCUGCCGGCCGACUGGCAGCCGCAGGACGAGCCCAUGCCGCCAGCGGCGUCCCCCGCGGCGCCGGCCGACCAGCCGCCGCCAAAGUGCGCGGCCGUCGGGUCACCUCCCGUUGUCCCGCCGAGUCACUCCCCGGCUCCGUCCCCGCAGCUGCUGUCGCCGAGAGGACAGGUACAUCCGGCGCCUCAGCCGGCCUCUCCUCCAGCGGGAUCACCGAGCCUCCGCGCGGCACCGGCGCCCGUGAAACCGCCAGCGCAAUCACCAAUCGCACAGCCGUCCAGUGCAGUGAGUCACCCGCAGCCUCACGCGCACCAUGUCCUUCAGCCACCAGUCCGGCCUCCGACCGGGUCGCCGACGCACCAGUCUGCACCAGUGCUGGUGCAGCACCCGUCCCGGUCCCCAGCGGCCCCCUCAGUUGAGUCGCGUCUCCAUCCGGCAGCUGAGCAGCCCCUGCCGGCUCCGGCACCGUCACCUCUGCGCUGUCCUGCUGGGUCGCCUCAGGUGACCCUCGAGGCGCACCAGCUAGCGAGACCGCCUCCACACGUGCCGCCGAGGACCCCUGGACACCCCGCCGCCGGUUCUCCGGUCGGCCAGCCUCCGGCAAGCUCGGCACAUCAUCUGACAGUGUCGCACGCUUCGACCAUCUCGCCCGGCCACAUGUCCCACGCUCCGACCGGCUCGCCCAGCCAUCAUCUACCUGUCGGCUCGCCAGGACACCAGCUGCCCGCCGGCUCGCCCGGUCGCCAGCUACCUGCCGGCUCUCCAGGCCACCUCCCGGUCGGUUCACCGGGCCACCACCUCCCGCCCAGCUCCAUGGCACACCUGCCGGCCGGUUCACCGCGCUCCUACCCGAUGGUUCAGCCGAUCCCGCUGCUGAUGCGGCCUCCGGCAUUCCGUGGCGAGCUGCCGCCGGCGCAGCGGCCGAGCUACCCGGCGCCGGUGGACCCGUCGGCGCCGGCUGCGUGGGUGGUGACCUCACCGGCUCUGUCGCCGCCGCGGGCGCAGCCUUACCUGCUGCCCGCCGGCCACGGCUCGCCGCCGGUACCGGGAGAGUUCGGACGGCCGCUGGUGGUGCAUACUGGGGCCAGGGAGCUGACGCCGCUGGCACCGCUCCGACUGGCACCACGGCCCGAGCAGCCGCCCCAGGAGAAGCCGCCGGGAACGUUCCAGAUGAUGCGGGCUCAAAUCGAGCCCAUCAACGUGUCAAGGACGCAGACGCAGAGCACUAACCGUCUGAAGGAUAAAUACUGGUGCAAGUUCUGCGGCAAGAACUUCCCCCGCUCGGCCAACCUGACGCGCCACCUGCGCACACACACCGGCGAGCAGCCGUACAAGUGCAAAUACUGCGAGCGCUCGUUCAGCAUCUCGUCCAACCUGCAACGGCACAUCCGCAACAUCCACAACAAGGAGAAGCCGUUCCGGUGUCCGCUGUGUGACCGCUGUUUUGGCCAGCAGACCAACCUGGACCGGCAUCUGCGGAAACACGAGUCGGACGGGCCGACCAUCCUGGACGGCGCGCACCCUCGUCGGCCGUACUCUGCGCGGCGCGCCUCCCCGGCCGCCUCUGCCGCGGGCAGCCGCUCCGACUCUGACUCCGACUCGGACGAGAUCGACGUCGAGACUCCCGACAGUCCGGACGAGCCUCCGCCGCUGAGGAUCGACGAAACGGCCGGCGAGCCGGGCGGCGGCGCCGAGCUGGCCGUGGCGUAGCGGCUCGCCGCGGCGAGACUUGAGCCCAGUUACCUGAGCAGUGAUGUAGCGUGCGUCCUGAGCGGCGCCCGGCAUGGCGGCCGGCGCCGCCGAGCUAGUAUUUAUUGUGUCGCGGACGGCGUUGCGCGCCGCGCGGCGGUCGGUUAGCUUUCAGUGCACUGGUUGCCGGUUCACUCGGCUGUCGGGGGUGGCUGGGAGGGUAUAUCGGGACGCGGCGGCUGCUGUGCCAGCUGAGAGUGUUCGACGGUCGCGGGCGGCUCUCCGAGUCAUUAGGGAACCGGCCGCAGAUUGCUGAUUCGCACCUGGAUAACCGCCGCGUCCCAUUGUUCCCGCACCACUAUCGCCGAUAAUGAACGUGCAAUCAAAGACAUUGACAAUAGAAUGCGUAUUUAUACAAUUGAUAUGCCCGCAACACAUUCCAUUUUUGCAGCCUAGACUAGUCAUUGUUGGGUAAUGACGGCCUUGUGUGAACGCUCGCAAUAAAGCGUCGUCGUGAGAGAG